CUCUGACUCUUGACUCUCAACUCCAAACACAUAAAACACAAUUUUCAGCCCCUCUCUCAACAAAUCCGUCAGAGAGGCUGAGUGAGGCAUCAAACCAAACCACGAAACCAUGUCUUCCUCCUCGCACCUAAAUCCGAUGCGCCUCCUAAAAUACGAAGACGAGGAUGAUCCUCCAGUUUAUCACAAAAACCCGUACGACUUGAACAGCAAGAUCAUGCUCACAGCCAUCAUCUCAUUAUCUGUCGUCGUUUCGUUAGUGAUCGUGCUUCACACCUACGCUAGGUGUGUCCUCCGACGCCAGGCGCUUCGCCGUGCCUCCAUGCGUCAUCAUCUAGGCUCGACCAUGGCUCAUGUCCACAUGGCGGAGCAGCCCAAGACCGGCCUGGAGCCCUCCAUCAUUUCCGCCUUGCCCACUUUCGUUUUCACACGCGUGGACGGCCAGGACGACGGGGAAGCCAACGCAAUAGAGUGCGCCGUGUGCUUGAGCAUGUUAGAUCAUGAUGAGAUGGCAAGGCUGCUUCCAAAUUGCAAGCAUAGUUUCCAUGUGGAGUGCAUAGACACGUGGCUGAAUUCCCACACUACCUGCCCUAUUUGCCGGACAGAGGCACAGCCGCGUCUCCAGCCCGAGCCACGGGAGGAUCCCGUGGCAGGUGGGCCCACGGCUCCGCUGAACUCCGCGUUUCAGUCAUAUAUAGAAGGGACGUCAGAUGGUGCUGCCCAGUCCAGCUCUGGUACUAAAUCGAAUGGCUCGAUUUCGAGGUUGAGUUCUUUCAGAAGAAUGCUUAGCAUGGACAGAUCUUCAAGAAGGAUUCAAUCUUGUGGCCAAGAGGAUGGUAUAGAAGAUUUAGAGAGACAGUGAAUAUUGCAUUAAUUUUGCUAUAUAUACUUGAAUUAAUUGUUACAAUUUUGCUUUUGUUUGGUUUUUAUUACAAUUUGAGUGCUGCUCUUAUUGCUACAGAUGAUUAUAAACAUUAAAACUUUACUUGA